CCCGCGGCCGCCGCGGGGCCCCAUGGAGCCAGUGUGCAUGGCCUUGUUGGGCAGCCCGCGCCCCGGCGCCCCCUCCGCGGCCGGCACACCUGGCGGGCCUUCCUCCGCGGGGACGGCGGCGGCCGUGCCCUCCUUCAGCACCGUGGCUACCGCGGCGGCCGCGGCGCUGGGGAACCGGAGCGACGGGAGCGAGGGCGACAUCACUGGCGCCACGGCUGGCGGCGGCCUCGGCUGGCCUGGGGCGGCGGGGGCGGCGGGGGCGGCGGAGAGGCCGCCGAUGCGCCCCGAGGCGGCGCAGCUGCUAACGCACGGGGCGGCCGUGGCGGCGCAGGCGCUGGUCCUGCUGCUCAUCUUCCUGCUGUCUAGCCUGGGCAACUGCGCCGUGAUGGGGGUGAUCGUGAAGCACCGGCAGCUCCGCACCGUCACCAACGCCUUCAUCCUGUCCCUGUCCUUGUCGGAUCUGCUCACGGCCCUGCUCUGCCUGCCCGCCGCCUUCCUAGACCUCUUCACGCCGCCCGGGGGCUCAGCGCCCGCCGCCGCCGCCGCCGCCGCCGCCGCCGGGCCCUGGCACGGCUUCUGCACCGCCAGCCGCUUCUUCAGCUCGUGCUUUGGCAUCGUCUCCACGCUCAGCGUGGCCCUCAUCUCGCUGGACCGCUACUGCGCCAUCGUGCGGCCGCCCCGGGAGAAGAUCGGUCGCCGGCGCGCGCUGCAGCUGCUGGCGGGGGCCUGGCUGCUGGCCCUGAGCUGCUCCCUGCCCUGGGAGCUGCUCCGCGCGCCCCGCGCGCCCCCCGCGGCGCAGAGCUUCCACGGCUGCCUCUACCGCACGUCCCCGGACCCCGCGCAGCUGGGCGCGGCCUACAGCGUGGGGCUCGUGGUCGCCUGCUACCUGCUGCCUUUCCUGCUCAUGUGCUUCUGCCACUAUCACAUCUGCAAGGCCGUGCGCCUGUCGGGGGUGCGCGUGCGGCCCGUGAGCACCUACGCGCGCGUGCUGCGCUUCUUCAGCGAGGUGCGCACCGCCACCACCGUCCUGGUCAUGAUCGUCUUCGUCAUCUGCUGCUGGGGACCCUACUGCUUCCUGGUGCUGCUGGCUGCUGCCCGUCAGGCCCAGGCCACGCAGGCCCCCUCGCUCCUCAACGUGGUGGCCGUCUGGCUGACUUGGGCCAAUGGGGCCAUCAACCCUGUCAUCUAUGCCAUUCGCAACCCCAACAUAUCCAUGCUGCUAGGGCGCAGUCGGGAAGAGGGUUACCGGACUAGGAACAUGGACGCUUCCCUGCCCGACCAGGGCCCGGGCCCGCAGGCCAGAAACCAGUACGCCAGCCGGCUGGGGGCCUGCAGCAGGGCGACCGCUUCCCAUCCGACCAGCGGGGUGGCUGGGGACAUGGCCUUGUGGGCCCGUAAAACGCCAGUUGUACUUUUCUGCCGGGAAGGGCCGCCGGAACCGGUGACAGCAUUGGCCAAACAGCCUCCACCUGAAGCCAGGGAUACCAGCCUCUAAGCAGAGUUGGGGUGCACAGCUGAUGAAGGUAGCUUUUUACCUGCUUCGUUUAAUGCAGGAUUCUGGGGGAGAAGUGUGUUUUUCUUAAAGCCAGACAUUUAAAAAAGAUACAGAUCGGGAGGCCUACCACUUCCCCAAACAACAUACAAGACAAUGUCACCUUCAAAAGUGCCAAAAGGAAUGUAAAAUGCAAAAAUUAAAAUAACCUGAAACCACACAACCAAGCAUUGUGAAACUGUAAGUGCCAAAAAUGACUAAAUAAAAUUCACAAUUACUGAAAAGCUCGUAUUACAGGAAUCACACUGUGAAACAAAAUCAUUGAAUGCAAUCAGUAUUUGUUCAAACACAUAGUUUCAAGAAAGAACAGAGACCCUCAGAAUUGCUUACCGAACCCUCUAAAUCACCAGCAUUCAACAAAAUUUCAGAUUUCUAGAACUUGCUACUCUGACACAUGCUUUGGGUGCUUAGGUUGGGAGUGGAAAAUUCUUAUCCUUACGCUCUUCGGUGUACUUCACACCCCAUCCCUCUAAAAUCUUUGUGGGAAAUUUUAAAUUCAUAUCCCAUGUAAAACUGUAGGAUUUUGAAAAGGUGGUUUAUUACCAUAAAAUUCAGCCACCUGAAGUAUGAAAAUAAAGAAAAGUGGCUGUUUUUAAAAAGUAUUCUAAAAUUAUAAUUAGAAAGUUAUGUUUCUCAUCCUACCCCCAAAAUUAUCUGCCCUGACUAGCUCUGAGGCUUUAUUUACCCUUACUCUAACCUGCUACUUUUGUUCCUAAUACAUUGGGUGAUGCUGCUCUCUGAAUGCUUUCACACGUUAAAAAAAAUAACUUUCGUAGUAGAAAAUCUUUGUCUUUUGGGGGUAAAUUGAUUUUUGGAUGCAGCCAAAAAAUGUAAUUUGAAGUCAAGUUGAUUGAAUCAGGUGAGUAAUGUCAUAUAUAUUAAAAUAAAAGCUCUAUAAAGUAACACCA